AAGGGAGUUUAUCACAUUUCUUUUAAAAGAAAGUUUAUUACAAAUAAGAUAAAAAUGAUAUGCUUGGAAAUUAGUUCCUGGGAAAUUUUACACUGCAUCAUAACAUAUUUAAAUUUUUUAACAUGCUAUCAUAAAAAUUCUCUCUAUAAUGUGCCCCCUCCCUUAUUUUCAACAAAAAUACCAUCUUCACUCAAAUUUAAGACUUCAUACAUUUUUCUCUCAAUCUCUUUCUCUCAUCCAUCAUUUACAGCCAUUUUUUCACAGCUGCUCGGAUCUGAAACAGAUUAAAAGUUUCUUGGCGUUUUUUAAGAGAAAAAAAUCAUGGGUUCCAGAGUUAAUAUAAUUGUUCCUUACAACGGUGUUUGGGAACAGAAAGCAGAAAAAUGGAAUUUCAAAGCUAGUUUGAACACUAUAAUACAUGUACCAAUUGAUGUUAGUUACAUAAAAUUAUUGGAGAAGUUGUAUUCAAAGUUGAAAGUGGAUAGGUCAUUGUUUGACUUAAAGUUGGAAGUGUCGUUUACAUGCAAUGAUUUUAGCGUAGAUCUCAUUGAAAUCACAGAUGAUGAAGGAGUUAGUGUUCUUAUUCUUGAAAAUUCGAAGUCCUUAAAACAUCGGGUUCCUUUAUGCGUUAAUUAUAUUGCAAAGAACAUUGCUCUUAUUGAUCAAUCUCCUAGAUCGAGUGUUAAUAUGGAAAAUCAUAAUCAAUCCUGCAUGGCUGUUCCACAAACAACUUCUGCGCCAAGUGUAUGCAUGGGCGGUCCUAGUCAUAAUGAAACUUUUUUUCCCCAACAAAUCUCCCGCAUGAUGAUGGGUAUGAGUGUGAGUCUUAUGUCAAUGACGAUCCAGUUGCCCAUUUUGGUGAUGAUGAUAAAAGAGUUGAGGAGUGCAGUAGUUUUGAUGAUAACUCAGAGGAUCGGUUGUUUAUGCUACAUGUGGUUCAAGUAGAUAAUUUAAAUGUACGACCAUUGCCAAGACGUCAAGAAAGCCAAGGACGGAGGACUGCUGGCU